AUGAGCACCAAGAUCCUCAGGGCGGCAGCAUGCCAUGUCUCUCCCGUCUUUCUCUCCGCCUCCAAAACAACCCAAAAAGCCAUCAGUUUCGUCCAACAAGCGCACGCCAACAAGGCCAACUUGGUAGUCUUCCCCGAAACCUACAUCGCUGCGUUUCCCAUCUGGAGCGCCAUACGCGCACCUACCGAGAACCAUGAUCUCUUCAAGCGCAUGGUUGCAGAAUCUGUCUAUGUCGAUGGCCCAGAGAUUGAAUCUCUUCGCGCUACGGCUCAGAAACUGGAUAUCAUGAUCAGUGUCGGAAUAUCGGAGAAAGCGAGGUAUAGCAGUGCAACACUUUGGAACUCCAAUGUGUUGAUUGGGAGCAAUGGCGAGAUACUGAAUCACCAUCGGAAACUGCAACCUACUUUUUUCGAAAAGCUGACCUGGAGUUCUGGGGACGGGCAUGGACUGAGGGUGAGCGAGACGCCGUACGGAAAGAUUGGAAACCUGAUUUGUGGUGAAAAUACGAAUCCUUUAGCGCGGUAUGCUUUGAUGGCAGAGGGAGAGCAGAUUCACAUCUCGACCUGGCCUGCUGUGUGGCCUACGAGGGCUUUGCAGCCAGAUGUGGUCGCGAGAAAGGGAAAGAACUAUGAUAACUUGGCUGCCAACAGGACAAGAGCAGCUGCGCAUUGCUUCGAAGCAAAGUGUUUCGGCAUCAUCAAUGCUGCGUUCUUGGACGACAAGGCAAUUGACAUUGUUGCAAAGGGUGCCAGUAAUGAAGCUGGCGUCAGACAAACAUUACAACUUUCUCAGCGGGCAGCUACUAUGUUCCUUGAUCCUACCGGCAUGCUGAAGCCUGGAUUUACGGUCGAUGCGACGACAGGGGAACAGCAAGAGACAGAUUACUUGCAGGACCGAGAAGAUAUCCUCUACACAAACAUGGACAUGGAAGAAUGUAUAGAGGGCAAACAGUAUCACGAUAUUGUUGGUGGAUAUCAAAGGUUGGAUGUGUUCGAUUUGAAGGUUGACCGAAGUCGAAGAGCGCCAGCCAAAUUUGUGGAGGAAGUUUGGGAUUACAAGGUCGAGUUUUGA